AUAUUUCCCAAUUCCUUCAAUGCUGUGCUGUAGCCAUAAUGAAUGCCGCAUAAUUUACAGAAUCUUCUAUGGCCUCUCUUCUUCUGAGCUUGCUUCUUGGAAUCGUCUUUUAUCUGCCCCAUUCUCUUGAAUAAUCUUACUCAUCCUCCAUGUCUCAGCUGAAGAUAGGAAGCUUUAGCCAUCUUCUCCCAAGUCUAGAUUAGAAACUCUGGGUAUGCCUGACCACCCACAUGACCCCGGUGGUAUGCACACUGUGCUUCUUUUCUGCCUCUUCUACCAGGCAACCUCCAUGAAAGCAAGGACUGUCUGCCGUUGUGUCUACAACAUCAUUACUGAAGUCACAGAAGAUCUUAUUAGGCGGAAUGCUGAACACAAUGACUGUGUCAUUUUUUCCCUGGAGGAACUCUCCUUGCAUCAGCAAGAAAUAGAAAGACUAGAACACAUUGAUAAAUGGUGCCGGGAUUUAAAAAUUCUCUAUCUUCAAAAUAAUCUUAUUGGGAAAAUUGAAAAUGUUAGCAAACUCAAGAAACUUGAAUAUUUGAAUUUAGCUUUAAACAACAUUGAAAAAAUAGAAAACUUGGAAGGAUGUGAAGAGCUGGCAAAACUUGACUUGACUGUAAAUUUCAUUGGAGAACUGAGCAGCGUUAAAACCUUGAAGCACAAUAUCCAUCUGAAGGAGCUCUUUCUCAUGGGAAACCCAUGUGCUUCCUUUGACCACUAUAGGGAGUUCGUGGUAGCAACUCUUCCACAAUUAAAGUGGUUGGAUGGUAAAGAAAUAGAGCCUUCAGAAAGGAUUAAGGCAUUGCAGGACUAUUCAGUAAUUGAACCACAAAUCAGAGAUCAGGAAAAAGAUCACUGUCUUAAACGAGCCAAACUCAAGGAAGAGGCUCAAAGGAAACACCAAGAAGAGGAUAAAAAUGAAGACAAGAGAAGUAACGCAGGCUUUGAUGGACGUUGGUACACAGACAUCAAUGCUACUCUUUCCUCUUUAGAGAGCAAAGCCCACCUACAGGCACCAGACAUAGAGGAACACAACACAAAGAAAUUAGAUAACAGUGAAGAUGACUUGGAAUUCUGGAAUAAGCCCUGUUUGUUUACUCCUGAAUCAAGAUUGGAAACUCUUAGACACAUGGAAAAACAACGGAAAAAUCAGGAAAAAUUAAGUGAAAAAAAGAAGAAAGUGAAACCACCCAGGACUUUGAUCGCUGGAGAUGGGAAAGCCCUAAAUGUGAAUGAGCCCAAAAUUGACUUCUCUUUGAAAGAUAAUGAAAAGCAGAUCAUCCUGGACCUUGCUGUCUAUAGGUAUAUGGAUACCUCUUUAAUCGAUGUUGAUGUGCAACCAACUUACGUGCGAGUAAUGAUCAAAGGAAAGCCAUUUCAGCUUGUCCUUCCUGCAGAAGUGAAACCCGAUAGUAGUUCUGCUAAAAGAUCUCAGACAACGGGUCAUUUGGUCAUCUGCAUGCCCAAGGUAGGAGAAGUAAUCACAGGUGGUCAGCGAGCAUUCAAAUCUAUGAAAACUACCUCGGACAGGAGCAGAGAACAAACAAAUACAAGAAGCAAGCACAUGGAGAAACUAGAAGUAGACCCUAGCAAGCACUCAUUCCCUGAUGUGACUAACAUAGUUCAAGAGAAAAAACACACACCCGGAAGACGACCUGAACCCAAAAUUAUACCAAGUGAGGAAGACCCAACCUUUGAAGACAACCCUGAAGUGCCUCCGCUGAUUUGAAACAUCUGGCUGCGUUGCCAUUGGCUGAGACCCACCAGGUGCAGUUUUGGUUGGUGUAGAGACCAUAUGCAUAUUAUUCCUGGGAUAAACACAGAGUUAUUUGUCAAUAUCGCUACUCCAGUGUUUUAACUCUUACUUUGCAUAGUAAUACCCUUAAGCUAGCUUAAAAUUAAAAUGUAUGUCUUAAAUGCUAUAACUCAUCAUUUACCUAUAAUAAAGGGUUGGUAUUGAAAAUGUUUAGUAAGAUCAUAGAACUAUUGCAUAAAACAUUGAUUAUAAAUCCCAGAACUGUCUACUUAUGCAAAGUAUUAAUUCAUAGAUAAAAGGACUGAGUAUUAAAUUGGUACUUCAGCAAAUUGGUCAAGCUUAGAAGUUAAAGGUGUAAUUUCAGACCCAAUUGGAAUACUUUAAUAUGAUUUUAAACAGCAUUUCCAUUUUCCUUCUCAUGAUGUGUAUGCUUUCUCUGGUGGCAUGGUAUAAUGACAAGAAUAUGAGUUUUGAAACCAGACACUCUAUAUUUGGAUUCCAGCUCAAUCACUUUGUAAAGACCUUCAGCAAGUCCUUUAAUUCUCUGAGCCUUAGUGGCUUCAUGUAUAAUCUGGGAAUAAUAACACUUGCCUCACAGGUUUGUCUCAAGACAAACUGCAGAAAGCACUUAGUACAGUGUCAGCCAUACAUUUAGAGCCUCCUCUCUCUCUCCUUCUUCCCUUUCUCCUCUCUCUCCUCCUUCCUUUCUCCUCUCUCUCCUCCUCCCUGCUCCUUCUUCCACUCCCUCCCCAAUUACUUUUCUCCCCUUAUUCUUUUUCUUCACCUUUUUACUCCCCAUCCCACUCCUCCUCCUCUAUUUCCUUCUUUACUUCUUAAAUAUCUUACCUCUUCUUUAUCUAGAACAUUAUGAAUUCAAUAUUUCACGUACAUUGUAGGACAAAUUACUGUUACUGUGAUCAUGAUAUAGCAACAUUUAAAUCAGUUUCCCCAAAUAUUCAUUCAACAAAUACUUAUUGAGCAACUACUGAGUGCUAGCCCCCUCUCUGCUCAUCAGGGAUUUAGUAGUAACAAAGCAGACAAAUACAUACACACAGACUAUGUCAGGUGGUGUUCAGAGCUGUGAAGGAGAGUCAGAGUGAGGGGAUCAAGGGUGAUGGGUGCUUUUUCAGACAGGGCUUUUCUCUGUUAAACAGGCUUCCAAUGGAAGACUCUGCUAAUGUUUAGCAGGUAACUAAAAUGCAUCAGUUAGAAAAAAUAUGAUGAGAAUGAGGGACUGGUUAUAGGAAUGCAAUUGGACACAAAUGUGGGAAGAGCUGGGUAGUGAAGCUCUAGAAGGGAGAGGUAGAGAACUGAAAGGGGAAGCAUUGGUGCAGGUAGACAAUUCAGAACUUGUACAGAAUCUGAGAAGCUGAAAUAGGACUGUGACUGGGAGCUUGUGGAGAGGUCUAUGGGAAUCAUCACGCUGCUGAAAUUGUUGCCUCUAUUUAUCUGCUGCCCUUCUGGUCCAUGGCCAAGAUCCUGGUGGGUGGGCUUGGAGUCAGCCUUCGUCAGCAGGCCUGCGGUAAGAAAGAUGGGAUAGACACACGGUGGUGGAGAUCAAGGAUCAGCUGCAGCAGGCUGGGUUCCUCUGCAUCUGUCCAUCACUGCGACUGACGGCGAUGACUGAGUAUAACACCUUUCUUCAUGGUCACCUCUACCCGGGAACCACAUAGGGAAGGAAAUUCUGGAAAACAGUUCCCAGCAUAGCCAACUUGACGUAUCAUAAUCCAACAGAACUCAACCUCUACCAACUUGGAAAUCAUGUACAUUUGUCAGGACUGUAUUUAAUUUCCACAUAAAGAGAAAGCAACAUUAUACUUUUGACCAAAUUAAUACGAGUAUCCAUUAACCAAACAAAACUGUUCUAUCUGUUAUGGACUGAAUAAUUGUGUACUCACAAAAUCCAUAUUUGGAAGCCCUAACCCCCAGUGUGAUGGUAUUUGGAGGUGGGCCUUUGGGAGAUAAUUAGGAUUAAAUAAUAUCAUGAAGGUUGGUUCCUCAUGAUGGUAUUUGUGUUCUUUUUUUUUUUUUUUUUUUUUUUUUUUGGGACGGAGUCUUGCUCUUUCUCCCAGGCCAGAGUGCAGUGGUGCGAUCUCGGCUCACUGCAAGCUCCGCCUCCCGGGUUCACGCCAUUCUCCUGCCUCAGCCUCCUGAGUAGCUGGGACUACAGGCGCCCGCCACUGCGCCUAGCUAAUUUUUUGUAUUUUUUAGUAGAGACGGGGUUUCACCGUGUUAGCCAGGAUGGUCUCGAUCUCCUGACCUCGUGAUCCGCCCGCCUCGGCCUCCCAAAGUGCUGGGAUUACAGGCAUGAGCCACCGCGCCCGGCCGGUAUUUGUGUUCUUAGGAGGAAGAGAUACCGGAGACCGCUCUCUCUCAGCCAUCUGGCCAUCUGAGGACAGAGCACUAAGUCAGGAGGAGAUCUUGGACUUCUGGCCUCCAGAACUGGGAGAAAUAAAUUUCUGUUGUUUUAAGCACCCA